AUGUUAAAAAUUCAUGAAAGCAGUACCGCUCAUAAAAAAUGUUACCUUAUAUGGAGUGAUGCUGAAAUACGAUUAAAAACAGGAAAAACAGUAGAUUGCCAAGGACAACGUUUAAUUAGAAACGAAACUACAACAUGGAUGGUUUUGACUAGAUUGAUGCAUAUUGCACUUUACUUAGCUGAAAAUAAUAUGGCCUUCAGAGGUACUUCUGAUAAAUUAUACACUCCGCACAACGGAAAAUUCUUGGGUUUAGUACAACUAUUAGGCAAAUUUGAUCCAGUUAUGCAGGAGCACUUGCGAGUUGUGAAAGGUGAUAUUUCAAAUCACUAUUGCCGAAAAAAUAUUCAAACCGCAUUAAUACAGCUAAUGGGUGAAAAAGUAAAGUCCGAUAUCAUAUCACCAGCCAAAAAAUCCAAAUAUUAUGCUAUUCUAGCUGACUGUACACCAGAUAUUAGUCAUGUAGAACAACUUUCAUUGACAAUCCGAUUUGUUGACGUAUCACCUUCUUCUGUUAGAGCAAGAAAGUAUCGCAAACCCGAUGAAUUGGAAGUUAAAACCUUGAAGACGGUGGAACCAGAAGAAGAGGGCAGCAGAAUGGCAUUCUUCAACAGCCUAAAGCCUCACAUAGAACAAUUUAACACCCAUGAUUCCUUGUAA